GUGCGCCUGACACACCAAGAGGCAUGCAGCGCAGUGCUCGAGACUAGCCGCUCCAUUCUAUCAAUUAAGAGGAAAUCCGAGGAAACCCAAACCACCAAGUAACAAACACCCGUUUAGAGAGUUUUCCACCCCUAAAAAGACGAGAAUGGAUACCAACAUCACGUUUUUUAGGCUUUCCCUCAAAACCUGUUUUCUGCUACUUUUGGGCUGUUUGUUAACGAAAGCCGUGCAAGACCAGGGGAGUUUAUACAUGUGGAUUGAUGCCAACCAAGCCCGGAUCCUAAUUGGUUUUGAGGAAGAUAUUCUGAUAGUAUCGGAGGGGAAAAUGGCUCCAUUCACCCACGACUUCAGAAAGGCGCAACAGCGGAUGCCUGCGAUCCCAGUCAACAUCCACUACGUGAACUUCACCUGGCAGGCGACGGAUCAGGCGGACUACUUCUAUGAGUUCCAGAGCCUGCGCUCCAUGGACCGGGACAUCAUGGACAACCCCACCGUCAACCUGCCUCUGCUGGGGACCGUGCCCCACAAGCCCUCAGUGGUCCAGGUGGGCUUCCCGUGUCUCGGGGAUCAGGACGGCGUGGCGGCCUUCGAGGUCACCAUCCUGGUGAUGGACGCCGGCGGGAACGUCAUCCUCCGGACGCCCCACAACGCCAUCUUCUUCAAGACCUGCCAGAGGGCCAAGUGUCCUGGGGGCUGCCGGAACGGGGGCUACUGCAACGAGAGACAGGUGUGCGAGUGCCAGGACGGCUUUUACGGCCCCCACUGCGAGAAGGCUCUUUGCUCGCCGCGGUGCUCCAACGGCGGGCUGUGCAUGAGCCCGGGGGUGUGUAUCUGUCCACCUGGUUACCAUGGCAACAGCUGCGAGAAAGCCAACUGCAGCGCCACCUGUCUGCACGGAGGAACCUGCUUCCACCCCGGGAAAUGCAUCUGCGCCGCGGGCUACGAGGGCGGCCGCUGUGAGCUCAGUAAAUGUCGCCAGCCCUGCAAGAACGGCGGGAGGUGUACCGGCGUGAACAAGUGCAAGUGCAGCAAGGGAUUCCACGGAGACAUCUGCUCCAAAGCUGUCUGCGAGCCCAGCUGUGGGGCCCACGGGAUUUGCGUGGAACCCAACAAGUGCCAGUGUCGGGACGGCUGGCACGGACGCCACUGCAACAAGAGGUACCGGGCCAGCGUUGCCAUUGGCCACCGUCCGACGGCGGCCAAGUUCAAGCAGCCGUCGGCCGCCAGCAAGGGCACCAAGGACACGGUGGAAGGCGCCCGCGACGCCGACACUAACUACGUGGUCUGAGGCGAGGAUGUCGCUUUCGUAGUGUCAGCUGACCCCCCCCCCCCCCCCCCCCCCACCCCUCUGUAAAAACACACAAGUGGGAUAGCCACUACUACUCAACCCUCUCAAAACAACAACAACAAUGAAAUUACGGUAGAGAUAUUCUGUACUUAUGAGUUAGAGAGAGGGAGAGGGAGAGGGAGAGAGAGAGAGAGAGAGAGAGAGAGAGAGAGAGAGAGAGAGAGAGAGAGAGAGAGAGGGAGAGAGAGAGAGAGAGAGAGAGAGAGAUUCCCUCAGAGUUAGUAGUGAUGAAGGUGAGGGCGACCCCUGGCCUCUCUUCCACUGCCCCCCCCAGAAACCUUCCGGUGAUUAGCGGUGUUGAGGCCUACUACGACCGCGCCCUUUGACCCCCCCAGGUUAUUUUGUGUUUUGUUUCCUUAACAAUCUCUACCGUUGAAUUAUUGCCGAUAGUCUUUCGGAUCAAAACAUUCUCAGGACAGAACGCGUGUUUGACUCUCGUGGGCGGAGGUGUCGGCUUUGAAGAGUACCUACGUGCACAAGUGUUGUGUGACCUCUAGCGGAUUGAUCAUGCUCAAGGUUAAACCUGCGCUUGGUUGAUAUCUUUCGAACCCAGACGCUUGUUCGACUUUUAGGAUAAACACAGUUUUUCUUACCUCACAGAGUACUCAGAUUAAGCUUGGACUACGAAUAAAUAUACUUUGAUUAAACCUUUCCCUCAUACAUGACUUUGUAGCAGAUUAUCGGAUGUUACCUGAAUGGGAGCAAACUCACCCAUUUAUACACGCAAUCGCAAAGCAGGGGAAAAAUAGAAGAGCAGAAACAAAAUGGCGAUCCAUACAUUUGUUUACACUUCGCGUGUUGCAACAACAAAAGUAUUAGUUGACAGUGAAUUAGAAUAUAGGAAUUUAUCCAUUUAGUGCAGAUAUGUACUAUUUUCAUAUAAUAAUGUAAAUAAAAAUAUGUAAGUAUAAACAGUACGAGACUAUGUCCGGAAAUUGCAACGUUUGUUAUAAAAAAAAUGACACGCCAAUUUGAAAUGAAUCUUGACAUAUUUCCCUGGAUAAGUCGUUUCUUUCAAGAGAACCAAACGACAUUCAUUCUGACACUUAUUAAAAGAACCACUGUCGUAUUUAUCUUGCCGUUUAUAAUAGUUAACUUUCUGAUGUAGAGUCUAUAUAUACAUUUACUGUCUGAUAUUCUGUAUGUUACAAGCCAGUGCAAACUGGCUGAAACUUUUAAUUUAGCCUACUUGAAGUAAUCCUAAAUUGUUUUGGUUUGGGAUUUUAUGUAAUGUAUUGAAUUGAAUAAAUGGUUGUAAAUGCUAUUACA